AUGAUGUUCUGGGAAGCAGAUGCUGGAAGCGCUUGUAACUUACCGCAGCAAAUUGGCACUGGCCCAUAUCGGAUCCCUCGGUGGUACUACAAUCCGGCCAGAAUGCGUUGCGAGCUCUUUUACUGGUCCGGUUGCUGUGGCAAUGGCAACAAUUUUCAGACAUUUCAGAACUGUCAACAAGUCUGUGAAGAUAAAACCAGCCUGACCUCUUUUCCUGUCUCAUUUUCUGCUGGUAAAUCUUAUUGCUGUCUACGACCAUUUUCGCCUGGCUACGGCAACAAAAGUAUUCCACGAUGGUAUUUUGAUCCGGAAACUGGUAGCUGCAAAUUGUUCUCCUAUCGUGGUAAAGGUGGUUACGGUAACAUCUUCGCAUCCUCUUCCGAGUGUCUUUUCUAUUGUAGAGGUCCAUCAAUUGAACUAAAUAAUAGAGGUUUAUCAAACUGCUCACAGCUUAGAUGCAGCACAGACUCACAUGAAUGGUGUGUUUUUGCAGUGGAUCCCUGUACCCAAGAACGUGAUCAAGGAGUAGGUGCACUGCAACUUCCACGCUAUUUUUUCAACCAUCAAACCAAAAUGUGUGAACAAUUUAUUUAUUUCGGUUCUGCAGGAAACCGGAAUAACUUUAUGACACUUGAAGAUUGCCAACGACAAUGCCCAGAAUCACCGAAUCCGUGCGCUUAUGGAAGUUCCAAUUCACAAGUACGAUGUAAUCCAAGUUCAGCUAUGGUAUCUACUUGCGGAAGCCAUCAGUAUUGUCACGUUGGACCAACUGUAGUGACCACUGUUUGCUGUAACAAGCCACCAAGUGGUGACCGGUGUAGUCAACCGUUGAACGCCGGAAUAGGUAAUGCCAAUCUGCAACGAUGGUACUUCAAUCCGCUAACCCAACAGUGCCAGGUUUACGUCUAUAAAGGACUUCAAGGCAAUGAAAAUAACUUCUUGAGUCAACAAGAGUGUGAAAAUGCUUGCUUUGUAAAUCCGUGUGCUCGUGGAACUCCUUAUCGAAGUCAAGGGGUUAAUGUACAAUGCUCGGCUCUGAAUCAAGCAGUUUGUCCAGCAGGAUAUUACUGCCAUAUUGGUGUUGAUUCUCAAUCUAGUGUUUGCUGUCAAGCGAUUGGAAUUAAUCCAUGUAAUGAACCAUUAAAUAAAGGUCAAGGUAAAUCAUCUCUCACAAGAUACUAUUACGAUGCGUCUAAGCGACAGUGUUUAACCUUUAAUUAUUUGGGAUUGAGAGGAAACACAAAUAAUUUUCUCAGCAAGGAAGCUUGUGAGUCCCAGUGCCCUGUAUGGGUUAACCCAUGCAGCAGUGGUGAUCCACUACUUGGCAGUGAUAAGAGACCUCAACGAUGUUACCAAAAAGCUCCAUGUCCCCCUAAUUAUUUCUGCCACAUUGGCUUCGACGAUGCGACAACCGUAUGCUGCCCAACUUCGGGCGAUCCUUGUACAAUACCGGUGAAUAUUGGACAAGGAGAUCAAAAAAUUAAUAGAUGGUUUUACGAUGCCAAAACUCGGCAAUGUCUUCCAUUCGUUUACAAAGGUCUUGGUGGAAACGAAAAUAAUUUCUUGCUACGUGACCACUGCGAAAACACCUGCCCAGUUUGGAUAAACCCCUGUGUCGGAGAAGAUCCUAUUCUGUUACCUAACGGACGACCGAAGCAGUGCAGUCCGUCGAUUGCCGAUACUUGUCCACCAACGCAUUGGUGUUAUCCUGGAGUUGAUGCUGCUACAACAGUAUGUUGCCCAGGAAGAAAAGAUCCUUGUCAGUUACCUCUAGCUGUAGGAGAAGGAGAAUAUUCUCAACCACGAUUUUAUUUCGAUCAGAAUAAAAAGCAGUGUUUCCAGUUCAGCUUCAGGGGUCUUAAAGGAAAUGCGAACAACUUUUUAUCUCAAUAUGACUGCGAAAUGAAGUGCCCUGUAUUUAUUGAUCCUUGUCCAACGUCGUAUGCUGGUAUGUCAAAUUCUAUACAACAGCAUAUCCCCUGCUCAGCAGAAAAUCAAAGCUGUCCAGCAAAUUACUGGUGUCAUAUUGGAGCAACAGCAGACACUUCAGUAUGCUGUCCACAUGCUGGUGAUCCUUGCUCGUAUCCUCCAAGAAAUUCUGGCAGCGGUGACUUAAACUUGGUAAGGUGGUCUUUUGAUGGAGCGGAAAGAAAAUGUUUAUCGUUCGAAUAUCGUGGGUUAAAAGGGAACCAAAACAAUUUCUUGACUAAAGAGGCAUGCGAAAAGAAAUGCCCAGUUUUUGAAAAUCCAUGCAGAGUUGGAGAAGCAUUCAUGGUUGAUAAGAAACCACAAAUAUGCAAUCCUCAAAAUCCAUGUCCUUCGAACUACUACUGUCAUAUCGGUGUUGCUGAUCAAUAUUACUGUUGUCCUGCACAAGGUGGAGACCCAUGCGGUCAAGCGAUGAGCAGAGGACAGGGUAAUGCACAGCUGCAACGGUGGUACUGGAAUAUGGCCAGUCAACAAUGUAUUGCUUUCAUCUACUGCGGUAUGAAAGGAACACAGAAUAAUUUUUUGUCAAAACAAGAUUGUGAGCGGACAUGCUACGAAAUUGAUAAUCCUUGUGCACUUGGUAAUCCUCAACUUGGGUCCGAUGGUCGUCCUAUAGGUUGUAGUCCUACUGUUGACACUUGUGCAUCAAAUUAUUGGUGUCAUAUUGGUGCAACAUCUGUAACAACUGUUUGUUGUCCAGGACGUGUAACUGGAGAAGCAAUCUGUCAACAACCAAUGUCAAUGGGAUCUGGAGAUGCAAAUCUGCAACGGUGGUACUAUGAUUCAAUAAAUAGAAAAUGUGUACCAUUUGUUUACAGAGGACACUACGGUAAUCAAAAUAACUUCCUGUCAGAACUGCAGUGCCAACAAACUUGUGCAGUUUACACCAAUGUAUGCCCUGUUGGUGAACCUUUGCUUGAAUCGAAUAACAGACCCAAACCUUGCACAUUUGGCACGGACAGUUGUGAGGCCGGCUACUGGUGCCAUCUUGGACUAGUCCCAGAUGAAUACAUGUGUUGUCCCGGUGAACCGACGCAAACUGCAGCUUGUGAAGGGUUACCUUUUGAGUCGGGUGUUGCUGGAGCUGCAGCGCCACCAUCAACCCGGUGGUACUAUGACAGAGAAUCAAUGACUUGUAAACCGUUCCAGUACGACGGUCGACAAGGGAACCAGAAUAACUUUUUGACAGAAGCUGACUGCGCUGCGACUUGCGAGGUUUUUGUGAAUCCAUGCAGCCUGCCUAUAACUUUGCCGCCGCAGCUCUGCUCACCAUCUUCCAGUAUUUGCGGACAGGGAAUGUACUGUCAUGUUGGUGGUACACCGCAAACGACAAUUUGCUGUCCUUUAGAGGGUGAUCCUUGUACUCUUCCACAGUCUCGCGGAAGUGGCACUCUCUUCCUCGAUCGCUGGUACUUCAAUACGCAAACAGGAACUUGUCAACCAUUUACUUACACAGGAAUGAGGGGAAAUGCGAACAACUUCUUGACUCGCGAACAGUGUGAAGCAAGCUGUGGUCCCAAUCCUUGCCCAGAAGGGAGACCAUUUACUGGCGUUGAUGGCAGGCCACAGACGUGCAGUGCAACAUCGCAAGUGAACACUUGUCCAAGUGGUUACUGGUGUCAUACCGGAGCGGAUCAAACGACGACUGUUUGUUGUCCUGGAGCCAGCUUAAAUCCUUGUAAUUUGCCGAUGUCUACUGGGGAAGGGAACGCCAAUUUAGAACGAUACUAUUUUGAUUCCGUGACUAGGACUUGCAGACCGUUCACGUACAGAGGUUUGAAAGGAAACCAGAACAAUUUCCUGACAUUGAGAGCUUGCCAACUUCAAUGCCAACCCUUGGAAAAUCCAUGCACCGGCCAGCCAGCUACUACAGCAGCUGGACAAGUGCUGUUUUGUUCCUCCACCAAUAAAGACACUUGUCCAGUCAACUUUUGGUGUCAUGUUGGUGCAACUCCGGAAACAACUGUUUGCUGCCCUGGAGCCACUAAUCCCUGCUCAGUUCCAUUAUCUCCUGGUACUGGUAAUGCAGGGUUAGCUCGUUGGUAUUAUAACCCGGAUGAUCGCUCAUGUCAGCCUUUCACAUACAAUGGCAAGCGAGGAAAUCAAAACAAUUUUGAAUCUGAACUAGAAUGCUCUAGGACUUGUCCAGCAGAUGUCGAUGGGAAUGUGUGUAUCGGCGAUAUUCAGCUUUUCACUCACUUCCUCUUCCUUUCUCUAUUAUGUUGUGAUCAGAGCGGGUGGGGUUUUUCAGUUUUCGAAGAUCCAUGCUUGGGAGAGGUAGCUAAGGAUGAGAAUGGGCGUCCUCAAGAAUGUAAUCCCUUACAGAGUGAUUCGUGCGAAACGGGGUACUUUUGCUUAGCAGGCGAUACAGCUAUAAAUUCAAAUAGCUACUGCUGUCCAAAAAUGGCAGAAGACCCAUGCACUGUUUACCUUAGUGAAGGUGCAGGAAUUCAAGCUCUUCCAAGAUGGUAUUACAAUCCCAAAGAAGGCGAAUGUUAUCCAUUUUCUUACAGAGGGCUCAAAGGAAACGAAAAUAAUUUUCUCACGCAGCAAAUUUGUGAAGAGAGUUGCAAGCCAGUGAGGAACCCAUGCUUUGGCGGCGACGAACCGUUACGAAUUAAUGGAAAGAUUGUACAGUGUAGUCUCCGUUCAUGCCCUCAUACUCAUUACUGUCACAUUGGUGAAAACUCACGUUCUCGUGUUUGCUGUGAACGAAAAGGCAACGUGUGUGAUCAGCAGCUGAUGGUUGGUACCGGUAAUGCGGAACUGUCACGAUGGUACUAUGAUAGUGUGGCUGAUGAAUGUGUUGCAUUUAAUUACAGCGGACUGGCAGGCAAUGAAAAUAAUUUUUUAACGAAAGAGGAGUGCCAAGUUUCCUGUCCCGGUUAUCGUGGAUAUUGCCCACACGGCAAGCCAUUGAUCGUUCAAAGCGAAAUUUCUUCAUGCGGAAUAGACACCGCUUGUCCAAAGGGAUUUAUAUGCCAUGUGACAAAAAGAGAAUCAAAGUCAGUUUGCUGCCCUGAUCCAUCUGUCUUUUGUCCCCUUCCUCGUGAUCCAGGCCCAUGUAAUGAAUCUCUAACUAAGUAUGGGUACAAUAAGGUGACUGGUUUAUGCCAGAAAUUUACUUAUGGUGGUUGUGUAGGAAACCUUAAUAAUUUUGAUACGCUGCAAGCCUGUACCGCAAUAUGUUGUGACAAGGAGCAACUUUGCCUUCUCUCCAUAGACAGAGGUGCCUGUGGAGGCAGACAGACCCGAUACGCCUUCAAUCGACAAACAGGUCAGUGUGUACCGUUUGAAUAUACGGGGUGUGGAGGAAACUUGAACAACUUCCAGACUUUAAGUGAUUGUAUGGCUACCUGCGGUAACGUUGGUUUUAGAAAGAUGUAA